CUGGAGGUUGUGGCUGGAUUCGCUCUGUUCUGUUUGGGCUACAGCACGAAGGAAAAACUCUGAACCAGCAUCUCCAGUUACUGAAGAUACUCGGCGCAGUGCAGGAUGGAGGACGGAGCGCAGACUGACGACAUUUUCUUGCAGCUCCACCUGCUGUACGACUCUGAAACGUCCUGCACCAAGUCAGUAGGAACUGAUCUCUCCAUGGAUGACAUCAGAAACCUGCAGGCUGAAGUGUGGAGGCUGAGAGACGCCGUCGCUGUGCUGGAAGGAAAGCUGAGUCAGAGAGCAGAGACACUCUCUGAGGAGGAGGUGGAGGACGUCCCCGUCCUGUGUUCCGUCUGUAAAGCGAAACUAAACCACACUGAAUCCCAGAACUCUGACGGAGGCAGCCUCUCUCUGCAGUGCUACACUGACCCAGACCCUACAGAGAGUGUGGACUCCAGCUGUACCGCUGCAGCUCAGACGCCCUUAAAGACGUGUUCAGUGAGGUUGGAGGACUGCAGGACCAUGAUGGAGCUGAGUGGACUCAUCUCAGCAGAAGGAGAACGGAGCGACGGGGAUGGCAGUGAUCGUGAAGACGAUGACUUUGUUCCCCCCAGUGAUGAUGAGAACUGGUCACCUUCAUCUGAAGUCAACAGAAGGAGGAACCGUAAUCAAGCUGAACACUGGAGUCAAAGUCCGUCAAGUGGCUUACAGACUCCGGAGGAGGUUCACAGUGGAGAGAAGCUGUUCACCUGUUCGCAGUGCAAGAAGAGAUUUGCCACUUCAAGAAGUCUUGCGAUGCAUGUGAAAAGGCACAAGAAGAACCUCCAUUGCGAGGAGUGCGGCAAGGGUUUCGUCACACCAACGGAGCUGAAACUGCACGUGACAAGGCACACUGGGGCGAGCGAGUUCACGUGCCACAUCUGCGGCAAGCAUUUUGCUGAUUCAUCACGACUCGGCGUUCACUUAAAGACCCACACUGAAGAAAAGCCUUUCGGCUGUAAAGAAUGUGCCAAGAGCUUCAGGACUAAAGGAACUCUUGUGCUCCACCUGAGAACACAUACCGGGGAGCGGCCGUACAGGUGCUCCUACUGCAGCAGCGCCUUCAGCCACGGGACGCACCUGAAACUGCACAAGCGCAUCCACACCAACGAGAAGCCGUUCAAGUGCUCUCACUGCGAGAAGACGUUUGCACGGUCGGAGGGUCUGAAGGCGCACGAGAGAGUGCACACCGACCAGAGGCCUUUCCGGUGCCCUCACUGCGGGAAGAGUUUUAGACAGAGGAGUCACCUGCUGUGUCAUGAGAGAUCUCACACUGGGGAGAAACCUUACCUCUGCGCAGACUGCGGGAAGAGGUUCUCCGAUUCAACGCACUUCAGGGAGCACAGAAGAAUUCAUACCGGAGAGCGGCCUUUCCGCUGCACCGCAUGCGGGAAGGGCUUCAGCAAAAAGCACACCCUCCGCCAGCACGAGAAAACACACACCGGAGAAAAGCCGUACAGGUGCCCUCAGUGCGAGAAGGCCUUCGCCAGGCCCUGCGUUCUGCGAACCCACCAAAGAAUUCACUCUGGUGAAAAGCCUUACCGGUGCUGCAUCUGUGGCAACUCGUUCGCCUUUUUGAGUUCUCUAAACAAACACAAGCUAAAGCACACUGUGGACUCCCCACUGGACUCACGGAGCAGCGAUAAGGCUUCUCUCCCGUGUGCAUCCUCAGGCCGAACCGGCAGGUGGCGACAGAGCGGCCCUGCCUCUUCCAGGCUUGAGGACGAGGAAGUGGAUGUAGUGUUUAUACACAGAGAACAGAGAAAUAAAACACAGAUAAAGCUCUUCUUCGCCGGAGCUUCUGACCAUAACACACCGUCAGAGAUGGAGGACGAGCCCAGUCUGACUCUGCACUGCUACAGUGACCCAGAUCCUGAGGACACACCGGACCAGCACAGAGUCCAAGACAUGGAGCAGGACGCAGCUGGAGUUCAGCCUGAGGGUGAAACUGAACCAGAAAACAUGGAGGUGGAGCAGGACAGAGGCAGCCUCUCUCUGCAGUGCUACACUGACCCAAACCCUACAGAGAGUGUGGACUCCAGCUGUACCGCUGCAGCUCAGACGCCCUUAAAGACGUGUUCAGUGAGGCUGGAGGACUGCAGGGCAGCACUGACGGUGGAUUUAAACCACAGAAAAUAUGGAGAAGUGGACGUGGCGGCUGAAGAGGGCGAUUUAACUCCUCCCGGCAGCGGUGACAGGGUUCCGUCUGAAGAACACACCGAAGAACCGCUCCGUCCCUGUUCUGACUGUGGAGAGACCUUCAGAAGCAGAGAUCUCCUCAGUCAUCACCAGAGAACACACACUGCAGCUUCGGAUCAGGGAACGCACCGCGGGGAGAACACGCACUGCACGGUUCUGAAGAGCGAGGAUCCUCCGGUUCCUCAGCGAUGUUCCAGGUGCUGCGUUAAGUUCCACUGUCCUUUCUGCCCCCCCGCUGUUUACAAACCCCGUCACGACGCCUACAGCGUCAACAAACACCUGCAGUGCCACCUGAAGCACGCAGUGCGCCAGAGAGGCUACAUUAUCUGCAUGUGUCAUUUGGGCUGCAGGCCGAGAGGUCACUUCCACUGCCCCAUCUGCGGCAGCACGGUCAUCAGGAAGGACGACGCGCAGAGCCACAUCGGCUCCUGUCGAGCGUCCGAAGCUCCCAGUGAAGAGAGGCUCCAUCCCUGUUCUGACUGUGGAGAGACGUUCAAAACCAAAUAUCUCCUCAGUUACCAUCUGAGAACACACACCGGAGAGAAACCGCACGCCUCGGUUCAGGAGACACGCGCCGGAGAGAACAGACACUGCACGGUUCUGAAGAGCGAGGAUCCUCCGGUUCCUCAGCGAUGUUCCAGGUGCUGCGUUAAGUUCCACUGUCCUUUCUGCCCCCCCGCUGUUUACAAACCCCGUCAUGACGCCUACAGCGUCAACAAACACUUGCAGUGCCACCUGAAGCACGCAGUGCGCCAGAGAGGCUACAUUAUCUGCAUGUGUCAUUUGGGCUGCAGGCCGAGAGGUCACUUCCACUGCCCCAUCUGCGGCAGCACGGUCAUCAGGAAGGACGACGCGCAGAGCCACAUCGGCUCCUGUCGAGGCAACAGCGUCAAACCCCCGUCUGAAAGGCGAGCGGAGGACACGCCUCAUCUCUGUCCUCACUGUGGGAAGAUUCUGAAAAGCAAGCGCAAUCUCGUCCACCACCAGAGGAUUCACACCGGAGAGAAGCCCUACCUGUGCGCCUCCUGCGGAAAGCAGUUCUCCAGCCUUUGCUCCUUCUCAGUCCACCAGGUAACUCACAGCGGAGAACGGCCUCACCGCUGCUCCGCCUGUGGGAAGAGCUUCAAACGCAAGUCUGAGUGUUUGAUCCACCAGAGGAGACACAGCGGAGAGAAGCCCUACCUGUGCGCUACCUGUGGAAAACAGCUGUCCAGUAGGAAAACCCUGUCAGCCCACCAGAAAACACACAGCGGGGAACGACCGCACCGCUGCCUCACCUGCGGAAAGAGCUUCACGCUGAAGUCCAGCCUCACCGCCCACAGAGGGACGCACACGCGGCCCUACGACUGCCCUCAGUGCGGGAAGAGCUUCGCCAGAUCUGACAAUCUGAGAGCUCAUCAGAGAACGCACGCCAAAGACUGAUCCCUGACGGAACCGUUCUUCGUACAGGAACCGUUCUACCAAACGUGAGUGUAGCUGCUGCGAAAUGACCGAGGCUGGACUGGAAGACUGGAAGUUCUUUACAUUGUGAAAUGGAUCUUCAGAUUGAUGAGAAAUGAGCUGUAGAUGGUUCUAUGUAGAACCUUUUUAAAUAUGGUUCUUAUAUUGUAUAGAGGCUUGACCUUGUAAACAAUAGCAGUACCCUUUCUGGUGCUAUAACACAUUUUCCAUCAAUCUGAAGAACCGUUUCACCAUGCAAAGAACCAUUUAAGCAUGCAAAUAGUUCUGUAUAGAGAACUGAUGGUUCUAAAUAGAACCCUUGAAGAAACAUCGUUUUUUAACACGUACAACAGCAAAUCUCAGCACAAUAAAAUGAAUAUAUUUUGAGAUGUCCAGUAAACUUUUGUUUAAUCCGUGAAUUGAAAGUUUAAAAAUGACCCGUGUUGAAUGUAUAUGGGGGGGGAUACGGGGUUCUCUAACUGACUACUUUGGGGGUCUUAGUUGUAACAGUGUGUUAUUAAACUAACCCACCUGUGUGAAAGUGGUCACUCAUCACUGUGAAUUACUUUACUUUUAAUGUAAUAAAUUUGGUGGAAAAGUUUAAAA